AUGGUCAACCGCCCGGCACUCAGGAAGUCUUCCAUCUGCUGCCCGAGCAAAGCUUUUGGGUCUGCGGACGUCGCCGCGGCAGCGGACGUGAGGACUUGGAGCGAUCCCCCGCGAUGGCUCCGCGAAGAAGCUUCCGCGUUUAUCCGGAGCCACAUGGACUUCAUUAAGGACGACUCGAAGUUUUUCCAAGCCGUUCGCAACGACGAUGCUCCCAGUCACAGAGCAAUUUUCCUGGACUAUGAAACGAUUUCAUCACGGCCCGCCCGAGAUGCAACAUCUCAAUGUCUUGGAAGAGGUGGCCAAGCUCUUCGACCAUUGUGUUCAAGGAUGCACCUGACCAUUCGCGGUCACGGGCGCUUGCUGUCCAUCCGCUCCCUGGAGGAGGUCUUGCAGCGGCUGAGUGAAAUCCGUGACCUCUACCAGGCCGCCCAGCCCUUCCAAAACCGGUAUCGGUACACCUUCCACAUGGAAGUCUUGACGGAGGCAUCCAUCAGGACGAGCCCCUUGCGCCCGCCGAAGGCACCGAUCCAGCCGAAGGCAUCUCUCCAGGUGCGGGCUGACGACGUUUUCUGGGCAGCCGGGGACAUGCUUCUGACAAAUGGAAGCGGAGCGGCAGCCGAGCGCGAGAAGCUCUUGCACAGCAAUGUCAAGCUGGAAGGUGCCACCAAGCUUUGUCGAAUUGUGGCAGGUCGUAUCUCACCUAACAUCAAACGGGCGCAAGUCAAGCAUGCGGACUCGUUGGUGUUCUACCGCAUGCGGGGCUUCCCACCCUGGCCUGGUCUGGUGCUGCCAUGCAAGCACCGUAGCUAUCUCCAAGGGCCCAUGAAUCCGUUGUGCCCGCCGGAAGAUGCGAUCUUCGACCGGGUUCAAAAUUGCAUUCAGCGGGGCAAGGCCAGGUUUCGCAGUGAUCUGAAGGUUCCCGGCCGGGUCGAUGCAGGGAUUGUUGAUGAUGUGCACACAUUUUGUCAGGGCAUGAAGCGUGGUGACACGAUCAUCGCUCGGGUUCGUGAAGACGCGGACGCGGGCUCGGACAGCGAUCUGAGCUUCAGGGGGCUCGUGCCCUUGCCCGAAGCGAGGGCGAAGGCGAAGAUUCUGCGGGUUUUCCAGAAGCACCUGGAGGUGCGCUACAAGAGGAGUGGCGUAACAGCCAAGAUCCCGAAGUCUUGGGGGGAGUUGCUGUCACGAUCUGUGCCACAACAGCAAGCUGCAGGCAAAGUGAAACGUGCGAGCGGCAAAGUGCGGGACGUGGCGCUCAGAGGUUCCGAGCGUGGCCAAGUUCCCUCAGGCUUCGUCAUCGUCUACAGCUACGGUGAUGAGAUGUAUCGAAAAGUCCGGGCACAGUCGCUCAUCCGGUACAAGCCUGAAGAGGCAAAUCGGACCUUCCGCGGCAAAUCGCUGCGGUCUUGCCUCCAGACUAUCACAGAGGCAAGUCACCGCGGUUUCAACGGGAACUUGGCCCUCCGCGAAAUCCAAGCGGAAUGGGAGCGGCGGCAGGGAAUACAGCAGCAGCAGGCGGAGCUCGAGCAGUACCGUGCUCACCAUAACCUGCCUCCAUCAGACUUGCCCAAGCCUCACAACGACUCGGACAGCUCCGAGGAGGAGGAUGAGGCAGCGUCGGAUGCAGAAGAAGAAGACCCAUGGGGCACGGAGGAAGAAGCCGCAUCGCAAGACACAUCGACAGAAGAGGAGUGA